GACGUAAUGUAAGUGUGAUUAUAAAAAUCAUGAUUUGCCUAAUCAAACGCUGAAGUCGUCUCCUGACUGAAAUUGUGCUUUAUCCAGAUUGCCCAGGAACCGAGUUUGCGAUGAAACUCCAAAUGGACCAAGGCAGAGCUACUACAUCCCGCCGGACGAAACUCCAAAUACACGAUUUGGUUAGAAUAAUAUGAACAUAAAAUCCUUAUGUUUGAAUAUUUUUAGUCAUUAAGGUGUAGCCAUGUAUAUUAUUGUUUUGGAUCAUGAAUAAUUUUGAUUGUGUUUAUGGUAUAAACGAGGGAGUGUUGAUGGGUAUUGAGCAUGGAAUGAAUUUGGUUAAUAUUGAAAUUUUGGUAUAUUUGGUUCAGAGUUUGUCUAUAGUGACCAAAGCAUUUGCAACCAAGUUUAGCUUCUAAUUCUGGUGCUCGUUUGUCUUUAGUAACGACUAUUUAAUAAUUCUUUCAAGUUUUUGUGAAUGUCUAUUCCGCUUUAAUCACAAAUUAUGUAAGACCCGUAGCAAGGGUUCUACCCCUUGCUAGUCUUUGUCACCUAUUUAUCCAAGGGUUCUAACCCAUGCUAUCAACAUCUAUCCACUAAAUUUUACACUAACUUUUAGCAAGGGUUUUUAACCUUUGCUACUUGUACCAGCGAUUUAAAACUCUUGAUACAACCCUUGGAUGGGACUUGCACCUAGGGUUGCUGAAAACCCUUGCUACUUGUAGCAGGGACGGGUUUGGCAAGGGUUGGUACAAGGGUUGACAAAAUCCUUGCUAAACCUUGUAGUAAGGGUUAAAACCCUUGGUAUAGGUGAAAAUAACUCUUGCCAUAGACAUUUUUUUUAGUGACAGCCACAGACCACAGUAAUCAUGUGGGCCGAGAUGAAUGAGGAUUGAUCAGUACGAAAAAAAAUAGAUGCGCAGGGCCCAAAAUCACAGUUCAUACAUCCUUGAAUUGAUUGGGGAAUUAUUUGCAAAGUGAGCUUUUUUUUGAAAAUAACAAAGUGAGCUUAAAGUCAAAUAUUAUGAGCUCCUGAAACCCGUGAGUGAGAACUUCAGAAAGAACUGUACGUGUGCACGAGAUACCACUGAAAAUGAAGGGAAUUCAUUUAUUAAUCUGCAUCUACGGAUUGGUUGGUUGGGAGUUAACGAGCUCCCCAAAGAAAGGAAAGCCUCAUUUGAUUUGGAGCAAAGAAAGAAAUUUCGGUACUCAGCUCGUCGUCUUUUGGAGAAGAUAGAGAUCGAGAGAUAGAUAUUGGCCGGCGCCGGCGGUGUGUUUGCCUUCCGAUCCGCUCGUUCUGCCAUGGCGGCCAAGAUUUGCUGCCCUAUUGAGAUGGAGCCCAAGACCUUGAGUGAAGGCCAGCUCAAUCAUGCUAGGGAGUUGGCUGCAGAUGUUGUACUGAACUUGGAACCAGAGGAAGUAUCCACAAUAUUCACCAAGAAGGCUACUACACUUGUCUCGCCAAAUAUUGCUGCUGCCGGCGGUACAGUUGAUGGUCAGAUGAGGAAGAAGGAUGAAGCAGUUGCUGCUGCUGCUGAUGAUGGUGCAGUAGCCGCCUGUCAAUGUUGUUGCAUUGAUCCCACCAACAGUUUUGGGGGAGGAUUGUCCCUUGACGAACUCAAGCUCAAGGAGCCACUUACUGCCCCAUUUUGAUCUAAUGGAGCUCCCUGUUCUGCUGCACGCCGUCCUUUGGAAUACACACACGAUCGACUAGCUUUGGAUUCUUGUAGAAAUAAAAAAUAAUGAUUGUUGAGAUCUUGGUAGAAAGAAUGAUAUUCGAUUGACCAAAUUGUUUGUUAAUGACACUAAUUCUUUAGAUCAAUUGUCUUUGUUGUUGGCACAUUUGUUAAGAGCUUGUCCAUCGAUCUCGAGAAAACGCCAAUGCAUAAGUUGUUACGUGGAUUCUAUACCUCGAUCCCACUCAACGCGUGUCUCGUAAGAAUCGAACGAUAACUAGAGAAAUAAACUUAGGACGAAGAGAAUUUGGGCUACAAGCCUACAACGAUUAUAAAUAAACUUUAGGACG